AUGUCCCUCACUCCAAAAGAGUACCAAUUAGUCGACCUCGCAAGAACAACCAUCAAUUCAAUUCCCAAAUCAGACAUUCACAGUGUCGCCAGCGCAGCCCUCUCCGAAACGGGACAAAUCUUCUCCGGUGUCAAUGUCUUCCAUUUCACCGGUGGUCCAUGUGCUGAACUAGUCGUUCUCGGUGCUGCCGCUGGCGCAGGAACUCAGAAACUCACACAUAUCGUUGCAGUGGGAGAGGAUGGUCAAGAUGGAGUUAUCAUGAGUCCAUGCGGUCGCUGUCGACAGGUCUUACGGGAUCUUCAUCCUGGCAUCAGAGUUGUUGUACAGAAGAAUGGAAAUGCAGUCUGUGUAUCUAUCGAUGAGUUGCUACCUUACGCAUAUGAUCUUCGAGAUUGA